CAGUGCAUGAAAAAAUUGUUCAUCAGAUAGAUGAAAAAUGGAAUUUGUUUAUCUUAUAUUUUAUUACAGUUUCCAGAUUUUGAUGAUAUUUACUGCAAAUACUGCUUCACCUUUGGUCCUGAUUGGUUGGUUACAUCUGGUUUAGAUGAAGGCCUGACACAAGUCACAAAGAAAAGUCGAGAUGACAGACAGCAGUUUGUCUGGAACUUUCCUCUAGACAUAACAUUUAAGAGUACCAAUCCCUUUGGUUGGCCCCAAUUGAUAGUACAUGCUUAUGGAAUUGAUGCUUUUGGAACUGAUGUUGUGAGAGGAUAUGGAGUAACACAUGUACCUAUUACACCUGGAAGACAUAAAAUUCGUCUCCCUAUGUUUGUGCCAGAAUCUUCAUCUCAGUUACAGAAAUUAACAGCAUGGAUCUUGGGGCGUCGACCGGAGUAUGUGGAUGUACGUGUGUUAGCCCAGGGGGAGGGAAGAGAGGUGACAAGAGUAAGAUCUCAGGGUUUUCUGACCGUGUCAUUUAAUGUUGUGAUGAAGGACAUGAAAAAACUAGGUUACGAUGUCAUUCCCUCAGAAAUGUCGACAUCUGUGAUUCCGGAGACAGUGGGGGGCACCAGUGGAGGGACCACAGACACGUGAUCUUCUGUCAGAGAUUUAGUUAAUAUGGAUUGUAGUGAUAGAUCAGACGUACAGCAGCAUAUCAUAACUUCCGUCCAGUAAAUAGGGACAUGAUAAAAAUUAUAUUUAUAACAUGCAUUACAUUUGUAAAAGAAUUCAUACAUGUAAUUGUUUAUAAUACUUACUGAAUUCAUUCAUUAAGAUGACUAUUUGCAAAGAACAAGUGUAAACAAUUUCUGUGCAUGGUUUUUAAAGGCAGUUUAGUUAUGUAUAUUUACUUAACAAUAAAGAGAUUAUAAAUUUAAA